UUGUUGAGGGGGUUCAUUUAAUUCAUAGCCAAGCGGAUGACCAUUGCCAAUCAAUUCCUACCGAUGUAACCGUUGUUUCGGCGGCGCAUUUGUCGGCGGUGUUGUAUGUAAACAGAUAAUUCUAUUGUUUCGGUGGUUGUAUCCAACUUGUUGUACGAACAAACAUCAUGUUCCAUGUCAUACCAAAGAUAAACUAAUGUUGGUUGGUAUGUUGACUUGGCUAACACCAACAGCGUCUUGGUCGCAAGCAAACAGUCUCUGACGGUUGAGCAAAGCGACAAGAUGAACGAACGGUCCGCAUAAACCCCGUCAAGAAAAGUAAUAAAAAAAAAAAAAAAAAUAAAUAAACAAAGAGAAGAAAAAUCGCGUGCCAGUCGAGUGUAGAAACGAACGAAGUCACAAAUGCGAAAUCGAAUCUGUGCGAAAAUAAAAAAUAAGAAAAACUAGACUAAUGUUACCGAUGCUGCUGGCAGCAGACACGAAGCGACGACAAAGUGAAGCUUUUGCUCUCAGAAUUUUUGUUUAGACCAAAAAGUACGAACCCAGACGAGCACUUGGCUGUGGACGUUUAGUCGGAUUGCUGGUUGCAUCAGCCUCUGCAGCAACCACGGCAACUUGCAAAAACGGUAGCACAUCAGUCUGGUGCGUUUGGUUUGGUUUGGUUCGGUUCAGUGAUUGAGUGUUGCAGCAUUUAUGCAGUGCUAAUGCGGAUUAGUUAGGCAUGGUCCGUCACGAAAGACGGUCGAGGGCCGCCAAUGCACUAAGAGUGUGGCCCGAACGGACAGUGAAAACGCGGUCUUUACGAAAAUCCUCCCACCACUAUUGGUUAGCUGUAAUUGUGUGCUUGUCUGCCCUUGCGUUGCAUGUGCCGCGAUUUGUGUCCGCGCUGGAUGCCGAAGCGCUGAUAGCACAAAGUGCUGGGCCGAAAUUUGGAGAACGUUUAAUGCCGCGUAAGAAAAACGUGAAUGCGCAUGUCGGUAGGUCGGGCGUUAAGAAUCUCGGUUACGGGCACUCAGUGUCAAACCCGGCCACCGACACUAGUGUAAAUAGUCUGUUGAAUAGAAGUAAUUAUAUCGUAAGUUUAGAGAACGACGAUGCUAAAAUAAGACAAAAGAGUGAUGUUAUAGUGGGUGACGGUGAUAGCCACAGUCCCGAAGCAUUUACGCUGGCUGUGGAAACGCUGGACGAUCGAGCACAGGAAACCAUCACCAUGGCACCAAGGCGCCGCAAGGGAAAGCAAUUAAAUCGCCGCGAAGAUGUCAAUGUCGUGGAUACAGCAAAUAAUCUUGUGUUAGCCAAUGUAUCCAAGGCAGAUCGCCUGGUGGAAAUGUCCACCGAGUUCUUUCUAGUGCCAACAAGUUCUACACACAGCCCCCCGAGUACACCGGCAGCGGGAAAAGUCGGCCCGUCUAAGGGACGCGGGCUGCCGAACUUUAUACAACCCUCAAUAUCUGCACCAACGGGUGCUCCACGUUCUGUGCUCAUAGUGGCGCCCAAAUCAACAUUAUCUGCAAAUAACUACUCGACACCACCAUCUGUGGCAUCCACUCAUCCCAGUUUCACCGGUCUACGUAAAGAACCCUGGGUAGUGCCCGUUCUGGUUCUAGCGUCUCUGACAAUGCUGAUGAUGGGAGCUUUCGAAAUGUUUGUGCUCUUCAAGGCCUGGAGAACCUCGCCGUCACGGAGACAUUUGUUUUUGGGUCAAAUGUUGUUGCUGGGCCUGUUUGCGUGUGCGGGAUUGGGGGCCAUAAUUACCGCGCAACCGUCACUACUCAGUUGCGGCACAAUACGCUUUGGAGUGGGCGUUUCGUAUGCCCUAGUCUUCGCCGCUCUUCUAGUUAAGUGCGUGUUUCUUAUUAGCCUAAAUGGUGGCGUAUAUUUGCCAGCGCCAUACCAAGGUCUGCUGCUACUGUUUGCAGUGCUAAUACAAGUCGCCAUUGGGGCUCAGUGGCUGAUAACAUCGCCCCCGGAACUAUUCACCCUAUCAGUGCCCCUGGCCGGCAACAAUAUUUUGGCCACAUCCAUGCCUGCUCAGAGUGAACGGUCUGCCUUCUCAUCAAUAUUCCAGCAUGCCACUAAUGACGUGUACGCUCGCGUAACAGCAACCGGCACACUUCUCAUACCCCUGUGUAAAACACAGUUCUCGGAAUUCCUGUUCUCGCUCAUCUACAUAGUAUUUCUGAUUGUGUUCGUGGCUGUUUUGGCAGUCAAAUCACGAGGCAUACGCGACAACUACCGAGAAGCCACAUACAUUGGGUUGGCCAUUGGUGGUGCCAUUCCCAUUUGGCUCGGCUGGAUGUUGUGCGGCUUGGCCGUAGCCGAACGGCACAAGGACGCAUGCAUUGCCUUUGGCCUGGUAGCCACGUCGGCAACGGUAUUCUUGGUCAUGUUUAUGCCCAAGGGAAGACAGCUGGCCGCCAUGGGCAAGGAGGGCCUAUACGUAGAGGACAGAGAGGAACAAUUCAGUUCACUGAGUCGGGGCGGAUCUGGAUACUCACCUUCGUUCUUUCACUUCAAGCCGAUCAAGUAUGGUGUGAUGAGUGGCGGAGGCGGUGCAUUUCAAAAUUCUGCUUCAAACUCGGGAAAUGGCGUCAACAUGAAACAUUCGCCCAAUGCUUUAAACGCAGGAGACCGCGUUGCCUUGGUCACUGCAGCACCGCCGAGCUAUACACGAAUGUAUCACUAUUUUCCAGCACACUUGACAACGCAUCCGUUUUGUUUCUACCCACAACCCCCACCACCGCCUCCAUUGGCACCACCUGGAAUGACACAAUUGCCAGCCCCGCCAACACUGAAACACUUGGGCAAUUCCUUGAGUUCCAUGACACAAGCACAUAUAGCACAAACUCUAAGAUAUCCAGGUCUGUUCAUACGGCCCGACGACACCAACUUGUACACAACGCUGGAGCCGACCUUAAGCAGUAAUCCCAACGUAUAUUUCCAACGUGGCGGUGCCGUCCAUCCGGGCAUGAUGUAUUAAUUGCAGCUGUACACUCACGCCCUCAGAAGAUAAUGCCUCCAAGUAGAAACCAUUUCAAAUUAUCCGUUCCCCAAUUACGCUGACACCUUAACAGGGGCCGCUAAGUGCACGAGGCGUGUAAUCGAAGUCUUUUGCUCCUCAACUUGAGGAAAGUUUAAUUAAAUUAAAUCCACUGUAGCUUUAAGUUUUAAUUAUAGUUCCAAAUCGCUCAAGACUUGUUUAGAUUGGUAGGAAAAACAAAAUGACACAAUGCGAAGAAUGAAACACUCAUAGUUUGUAAGUUACGCCGCCGAUUGUCGGUCGCAUUGCAAAAUAGUUCACGCGGAACAGAGAAAACUCAAUUGCAAAGAAAAAAAUACUAGAUUAUUUACUUGUACGUUAAUAAUAUAUAGUGUUUACCACUACAACCAAGUGCUGUGCUGCGCAGAAUUUGCGAAUUCCACGCAGUGGCAACAGAAAGAAAUCCAUGCAGCCAGAUGGCAUGGGUGACACCCAUAAUGUUCAUUAGUUUGUACAAAAAAAAGUAAUAUUAUAAAUAAACAAAUA